AUGGCGCUCUCGAGCUGUUAAAUGUUAUUGUGUUGCUUGGAUACCCCAUAAUGUCAAGGGAAACAUUUUAACACAUAAACCCGAAACAGCAUCAGACUCGACUCGAAUAGAUAUUGAUGUUGACAAAGAAGCGGCACAGAGAUAUAAUCGGGCUGUAUUCACACACAGAUUGACAGCAUGUCAGCAAUGGAAGAGUCUGUAAUCCAACAACACUUGGCACACUAUAAACAAGCCACUGAAACAGCCCGUGAAGAACUAGCAGCUCUACAGGCCAAAUUUCAGAGUCUCCAAUCCCAGCUUUUGGAUGCCCAAUCAAAAGUUGCAUCUCAAGAGGAGACAAUCAAAAAUCUAAAAGAUGCAACUGAUAGACACAAGGAGAAGGAGGCGAGGCAGGAGUCUCUCAUCUGCUCUCUAAGAGAACGGAUCUACAACACAGAGCAAGAGAUGCUCUCCAUCACCUCCUCCAAAAACAUCAUGGACAUGAAAAUACAGACGCUGGCAAAAGAGAACGAGGAAGUCAAAGAGAAACUGACGGACCUUGAUGUCAAGUCAAAACAGUAUUUUGCAGAAUGGAAUAAAGCAAAACAGGAAGCCACUGAGACCCAGAGGAGAUCUGAUGAGUUCAUAUCAACACUGGCAAGCAAACUGUCCAUGAAUUUAGCUGGAAAAGCAGAUCCUACGGAUUAUAUUGUUUCUACGGUGGAAAGCUGCUUCAAAGAGAAAGAGAGACUGAAGAACAGCAUCUGUGCUUUAGAGGAGAGCGUGAAGUCUUAUGAGGUGGAGUGUAAAGCCAGCAGAGAAACGGUCAAGAGAUUGGCCACCGAUGUUGACCAUGAACAAACGCUUUCAGCCUCUCGAGUGAAUGAGCUGAACUCUGUCAGAAAGGAACUUGAUGUUGUCUCUCUGAGAAAGCUUGGUUUGGAAAGGGAAAACCAGACCCUUAAAAACUCCCUGCAGGAGACACGACAGGCCCUCGCAUCUGCCCAGCAAAACUCCGAACACUAUGAGAAUCUGACUCAAGAUCUGAAUAACAAACUUCAUCUCAGUCAAAAUGAAUCACAGCUAUCUCAUAGUCAGCAUGAAGCCUUCGUGAAAGAGUUGAAGACCCUGCUUCGUGAUCGUUGUCUAUCUGAACACCCCACAACUGAGGAACUACUGAAGGCUGUAACAGCAGUUUGUAGCAAUGAGAAAAGUGCAAGAAAGUCCGAGUUAGAGAUGGAAGGAGAGCUGGCAGAACUGCGGGAGGAGAUGUCCAGAUACAAAGAACAUCAGAGGAGCUCAGGACUGAGAGAGCAGAAGCUCAUCAACAAAAUACAAAACCUGGAGGACGAGCUGCUCACCGCUGGAGUCUGCAAAGAUGGAAUGAGUCAAGAUAAACAGCACUAUAUGCGGUUUGUGGAGCAGCUGUCAGAGAAAUUAAAGGUGGAAGAUGUUGCAGCAGAUCUGGGUUUUGAUAUGAGAUUAGAGGCCAUUCUUGCUCGAGCACAGCAGCUGACCAGACAAGAAGGAACCGCGUUACUCGAGACCAGGACCCAAGUCCAUAACCUCCAGAGAAAGCUGAAAGAACAGAAGCAGCGUUCAGACAGUAAAGAGCUUCAUCUGGAGCUGCUGAUGAAAAAGGUAUCACAGCUGGAUGAAGAGAAGAGGAGUCGGUCAGCGCUUGCCGUGGAGAAAGAUGAUGCCACCCUGACCUGUAAAAAGCUGCAGAAGAGAGUUGAUCGACUACAGGCCGAGCUCAGCACCUUACGCUUCUCUAACACCGAACUGAAAGCCCAGCUGUCCCACACCAAUGAACUAAAGAUCAAAGUGAUGGAACAAACCCAAACCAUAGAGGAACAGAAUAAGAACCUGGGCAAACUCGGGAAAAGCAAAAUAAAGACCGAGGAGAAACUGAGCACCAUGAAGUCAGAGCUACAGAAUCAGGAACUCCGAGCCAGAGAUGAAAUCCUGCAAGCACAGAGACUCCUAAACACACAGUCGAGUGCCAUAACAGAGCUCGCUCACACUGAGAAACAGUUGCUGGACUUCCAUACUGUGGUGUCUCAGAUGUUGGGUGUCGAUGGCACCGGCUGUGUCCCAAACUAUGAAGUUCUCAGACGAUUGGAGGUUCUGAUGCAGUCACGCCACUGUCAUUGUGAUGCUCAUCUGCACCAGUGUCACAAACCUCAGACGUGGGAAUCUCCAGUGUCCUUUGUAAAUGCUGCACCGCAGGCUCUGCCGAGCCCUGGAGCCCACAGUGCCGAUAAUGAACACUAGAUACGUU